AUGCCAAAAUUUGAUAAUCUCCCUGCUUAUUUUGAAGAGUUAAAAUUAAAAGAAGAUUCAACUUUUUCUUUACAUGACUUAAUUACUCAGUUUAAACAGCAUAUACCUACUAACUAUUUAAAGAUAAAACUUGAAGAAGGCAAUUAUGGUGGAUUAAAGAAAGAAGAAGACAUUACUCAACCUCUUUAUUUAGAUCCCAAGGUUUUAGAAAAAACAGAAACUUAUAAAGGAAUAACUAUUGAAAAUGAAAAAGAGAUUAUUCUAGUUAGCCCAAGCGAUGAGAUAAUGAUUGUUCAAGAAAUAAUUGAUAAUUUAACCAAUCAAGUUAAUACUUUGGUCAACCAAAAUGCCAUUCUAUCCCAAAUUAGCACUAGUCUUACCCAAUGGUUAACAAAAUUAGAAAAACAGCAACAAUUUAAAUAUUUACAAGAACAAACACAAAGAUCUGAUGAUCCAAAUAUCACAGCGAGGAACAAAAAUUUUUGGAAUGAUUUACAUGCUAAAUCAGAGUAUAAGUAUAUGGAAAAAGAAGAUAAAUACAGUAAACUAUUGCUUGAAAGUGAAUUAUUUUUUUAUGGUCCAACCAAAGGAAGUUUUAUCUUGCCACCUCAUGAUAAAAAAUUUGCUCAAAGAGGAGUCAAAAAUGUUCUUUUGCCAACUCUUAUUCCCCUAGAAUUAUUAGAAAAAGAAAAAAAACAUAUUGCCGGAUUUAGUCCUGAAUGUUUUUCGGUUGAAAAAAUCGGAGAGAAAAAAAUAGAAAAUGCUUUAAUUUUGCCUGAGAAAAAUACUACUCCUUUUUUUCGUAAUACUGAAUUCUUGUGGCAAGAAGGACACACCUUACAUAGUAGCAAAAAAGAAGCUCGUGAAUUGGCUUUAAAUAUUCUUGCUGAUUAUCAAGAUUAUGCCGAAAACACCCUUUGUUUGGGAGUGAUAGUUGCCGACAAAGAAGGUUGUCCGUUCAAAAUAAUAUUAGGAAACGAAGAAUUAAAAAAAAGUGAAAUUACCCUCGUCAGAAGAGAUAAUAAAUUGAACGAAAUUCAUGGCGAAAAUGAAAAAGUUCAAAAAGCGUUAGAAAAUAAAAAGGAAGUUCUCAUUGAUUCCUUCCAAAAAGGAGAAAAGGCAGGGAAAAUUAUUGGGGCUAUUAUCAGAGAAAGAGCCGAAUUUCAUAAAAAUCUUUACCAAAAAAGUGUAGAUUUUCGGGACAAACAUAUUUACUUAGUAAAUACUUUUUCCGAAUUGAAAGAAAAAAUAAAAGAGGAAGCAAUUGAUUUAGAAGACAAAUUAGAAGAUCCAUCAACAAAAAAACUAAUUAAGAGUUUUAAAGGCCUCGUUGAAGAUGAGUUAAUACAAUAUGACGAAAGAAUAAAUCAACUUUUAGGAUUACUAGGUUUGGAGAAUCUAAUCGAUAUUAUUAUUGAAGUAAAGAAACACCUAGGAAUUUCUGAUGACGAAUUAGAUAGAUUAACUGUUGACACCGACUUAGCCAUGCCUACCAAACAAGUAGGAGGGGUUAACACUAAUUUAAUCCUUAAAGAAACAAUUAAAAUUUGCAAUACUCUUUUACCCUAUCUAACACCCACCAGAAGUCUCGACAAGUUAAUUGACGAAGCAAAUCAUUACCAAGUCUUGAACGUUACUGAUAAUGAUAUUAUUCGCGAGAAAGGCGAAAUUGAUAAAGGUAAAUUAGAAAAAUUGAAAAAUAAUCAAGAAAAGCACACAGAUUACGAUGCUAUUAAAAAUGAAUUAAACAAAAUUAAAAAUUUAUUAGGAAUAAGUUCAGUUACUCCCUUACCAAGUAAUUGGAUAGAUCAACUGGCGAAAAAAUCUGACUUAGACACAGUUAAGAGCGCUUUAAAUAAAUGGACAGGAAAGUUUCUUAACAAAACACCAGAGCAAGUUGAAGCUGAACUUAAAAAGACAACUGGAACUGGAGUUGAUCUUAGCGCCCUGCAAAAAUUGACAGGAAAAGUUCAAAGUCAACAGGAAUUGAUCAAUAAAAUGACAAAAGCUUUACGAGAGACUGGAAUGCUGACUGCAGAGUAUACUGGUAAUGCCGCAGCACUUAAAAAAAUAGAAAAAGAUCCAGCGUUAGUGCCAGCAACAGAAAAGUUGGCUGGAGUUUUGGAAGUUAAGGAUAUUCCUGAAUUAGAAGAGAUCGAUCUUACAGACGAGCAGGUAAGUGAAUUGACUGUUAUAAAUUGUCCUAGUUUGAAAACAAUUAGACUUGAGAACAACGCAACUACUAAGAUAGACUUUACAAAAGUUAGGACAAGUGACAACACAAGUAGUGGCAAUCCAGAAAAAAGCAUUCUGGAAAAAUUAUAUGUGGGAAACAACGAUAUUAAAGAAAUUAAUUUUAAAUAUAGUUCAGAAUUAAAGAUGAUUUUCUUGCAAAAUAACCAGCAUUUACACCAGUUGACAGGACUUGACGAAUUAACUAAAACAGAUAUAAUAAAUACCACUGACAUUCCUGACGAAGAGUUGGGUAUGGAUCCUAAAGCAAAUUUCGAUAGAGAUGCUAGUGGAAAUGUUGAUUUUAGUGCUUUAAGAGACAAAGUUGCUAACCAAAGAAUAGAAAAAAUUUUAGAAGAGUUAAAGAGUAAUAAACCUUCUUCUGAUUAUAUCACCAAAACAUCCUUGAUAUCAAGUGCUGAGAAUAAUCUUAAAGGUUUGGGAAUUGAUGAAGAGAAAAUCAGUAGUAAAUUAAGUGCUGCUGCUAGUGCACGAGAUGUGGAAAUUUCUAGAAAUAAAUUAGUUAGUGAUCGAUUUAAUGAGUUUCAAAGUAAAUUGCACAAUGCUCAUUAUUUAAAUAUUGGAUUAGGAACUCUAAAAAGAGCACUUGAAAUUUUAGGAUUACCCGAAAACUCUUCUAAAGACAAAAUCAAAGAAGCCUAUCGUAGACUUUUUCGUAAAUAUCAUACGGACAAAUCUCCUGAAACUAAAGAAAAGUGUCAAGAGAUAGGUGAAGCUAAAGCUUUUUUAGAAAAUGAAGAAGAACCAAACAAACCGGAACUUUUUACAUGUUAUAAAUGUAAAAAAAGGUAUGAGGAUGGACCACGUUGA